AUGGUGUCUCCGGAUCUUCUCGCCGCGAGGGAGCCAAGCCUGGACAUCAAAACAGAGCCGGCGUCGCCACUAGCGGCAGCGACAGGCGAGGAGCUGCAAUAUACCGCACCAGAAGCCGAGCCGAUCAUACCCGACACCAAGCAAAAGGGCCCUACCGCGUGCGGCGUCUGUGAAGCAGCUGCGUGGAGAUACAAGUGCUCUCGCUGCUAUCUCCCAUACUGCUCUGUUGCGUGCAACAAAGCUCAUCAGGAAAACCACCCUCCCGACCCCAAGCCCGAGCCGGUCCCAGAGCCCCCAAGCGAGCGGCCUGCCAAGCCGACCGGUCCCGCCAAUCCUUUCCAGGCUCUAGACAACUCGGAGACGCUCGCAUGGCUGUUUCGAAAGUACCCGAACCUGCCGCAGCAGCUACUCGACAUACACUCGGCUACUCAGCCGCCGCCCGAAGACCCGAGCAAGCAGAUUCCAGCCUCGCUCAUGCAGGGCAUCUCGAGCCGGAGCAACUGGUCCCAGGAAAAGGGCAUCAGCAGGGGCAAGGCAGCGUUGCGCAGAGCUCGACAGCUCCCGGGAGAGGCUGGCGAGGCGGUCCGGGAGUACUGCACGCUAAUUUCGCUCCUCCUUAGCGAGGAGGAGGCAAAGGACAGCUCGAGGGCAAUGCUCCAGCAACAAUUCGCACAGCAGGACGCCGAUAUGAUCCGGCAACUCAUGGAGGCGGAAACGAGCCGUCGAUGA